CCCAUCUAAACUUCAAACUCGUCAUGCACAUGCAGCAGCUCGAUAAUCGCCGGCCCAUCUAAACUUCAAACUCGUCAUGCACAUGCAGCAGCUCGAUAAUCGCCGCUGAGGUCAACCCAGAGCUGUCUGCCGGCCUCACGGAGAGAAAACAUAUAAAACGGUCCGUCCGCCAUUAUACCAUGGUACAAAGGACAGCAUGGCGAACCACAACGACGGGGUCAAUCCCCUAAGACCAUACUACAUCCCGCCCUCCAUCGGCGAACCACCCGAGGCUCUGCCCACUCCCGGUCCGCGCGCAUUUUCCCAAGCCAGCUCGACGGGCAGGUAUGCGUCCAAGGCGCGCGACAUCUUCUCCGACAUCGAUUACAAGGACUACAUUGCCGAGCCGUCCCCCUCGGUAGUACAGACGGUCAAGGAGGUGCUGGACGAGUUGCUAUGGAAGUACACGUCGGUCCUGAUGGCCCAGCCGUUCGAGGUCGCCAAAACAAUCAUGCAGGUCAGGGUUCAGGACGACCUCGGGGGGUUGGAGGCGGCGGCGGCAGCAGCAGCAGCAGCAGCAGCAGCGGACGACGCCAGGCAACGACAGGCCAGCCACCGAAUCAACAUGUAUGACGAGGCCACCCUCGGCGAUUCGGAUUCGGAUAUAGACGAAUCCGCUUUCUUUAGCUCCCACCAACCCCGAACACCAUCUCCUACCCUCCCCCGCUCCAAGCGGGCGGGACAUCCGGCGUCACCGUUACCAUCAUCACCCAAGACCGUACCCGCCCACCAGCUCGCCAUCCGCACCCCCGACUCGGUCCUCGAGGUGAUCGCCCAGCUCUGGCAAAAAGAAGGCGCCUGGGGCGUGUGGAAGGGAUCCAACGCGACAUUCCUCUACUCCGUCCUGCAAUCCCUGCUGGAGAACUGGUCGCGCAGCCUCCUGAGCGCGCUCUUCAACGUCCCCGACCUCGGGGUCCGGCAGGACAUGGAUCGACUCGUUGACAUAGCCUCCCCUUACCCCUGGGCCUCGCUCUUCGUCGCCGCCACAGCCGCCGUCGUGACGGGUCUGAUUCUCUCCCCUCUCGACCUGGUCCGCACCCGCCUAGUAAUCACGUCCACGGCGUCCAAGCAGACCCGGCGCACCCUCUCCACCCUGCGCAGCCUGCCCUCCUACCUCUGCCCGUCCCCGCUCGUCCUGCCGACCGUCCUGCACUCCCUCGUGCACCCGCUCCUGACCCUGUCGACCCCGCUGGUGCUGCGCACCCGCUUCAUGAUCGACCGCGAGCUGGCGCCCGCCACCUUCUCCGUCGCCAAGUUCUGCUCCUCCACCCUCGCGCUGCUGCUCAAGCUGCCCCUCGAGACGGUCUUGCGCCGCGGCCAGGUGGCCGUCCUGCGCUCCGAAGCCUACGUCCGCGCGCCGGAGGGGCGGCGGGGGGCGGCGGGGGGCGCGGCCGGCCCCGGGAGGAGGCUGGACGAGAAGCCGCCCGCGGCCGAGCUCGAGACCAUCGUGCCGGUGGGCGGCUUCAACGGCCUGUUUGGCACCAUGUACUCGAUCGUGAACGAGGAAGGGUCGCAUGCGGUCGCCGUCUCCGGCGCCGGGAAGCCCGGGGCGAGGAAGGGCAGGGCCGGAAGCGCCAGCAACGGCAGCGCGAACGUGGCCGAGACGGUGUACCGGAGGGGCCAGGGCCUGGAUGGGCUGUGGAGAGGGUGGAAGGUCAGCUGGUGGGGGCUGGUCGGGCUGUGGGCAGCCGGUGUGUUGGGCGGCGGCGGGGAUGGAGAGUUCUAAACAACCAUUACUCUCCCUCCUCUCCUCUUUCCCUCCUCUCCUCUUUCCCUCCUCUCCUCUUUCCCUCCUCUCCUCU